AUGUGCCAGACUCGAAAGAUAUUCACCAAAAACACCAAAAGCUCAGCCCGAUAUGUCCGUUUCUUUCCGGCAGAGAUGUUAGUAUUGGAGAUGAAAAGCCCAGCAGAGACGGCCAACCGAAAUGCCAAGGAGGAGAACCGGAUCAAAACAUUCAAUGUCCCAGGAUACAAUUUCGCAUACGCCACUCGGGUGGCACGAUUGGCAAAACGAGGCUUCUUUUACACUCUAUACAACUCUGUCGUUCAAUGCGCUUUCUGCCGAGUAGUUUUGAGUAAUGUGGCGCAUCUUACAAUGGACGAGGAUGUAGUGGCCGUGCACUACAAGGAAUCAAAUAAAUGUUCGUUUAUAUGGCGCCCAUCUAAUGUGGGCAAUAUUGAGAGACAAAGAGCCGUUGUGGCAAGCACUCCUACGCCUAAUAAGAGCUUACAGUGCAAAGUAUGUUUUGAAAACGAAAUCAACGUAAUCUACGAAUGUGGUCACUUCAUUCAGUGCUCACAGUGUGCGUCCAAAAUGGAUUCGUGCCCGUAUUGCCGCGCACCAUUUAUACACGAGCGACGGCUCUACCUCCCAUAA